UUUAAACAGUGACAAAAGCCACCUGCUAAGGAAGGGCGGCUUGUUUUAGUUUUAUUUUACCCUAAAGGACAGAAACCUAAACAUUGCAUGAGGUCAUUUAUUUAAAGGGAAAACGUACAAGUAUUAAUUUUCUCUAAAUGAUUUCCGUUAUGUAAACUUGCAUUUUAGUAGGUCUAUUUAGUGUUUUGUAGGCAGACUACCGUUGUUGGCCGGACCACGUUGCCAGCGUCCGCUAGGAGCUCAUGCAGCUUGUCAACAUUGUUAUCUGAUUGUUAUUGUAACAUCCAUUUUAGCUAAUCAAUGCUUUUACAUCAGUUUGUUAAAGGAGCGCUGGAAGGCAUGCAUCCCACAAUUUCGAAAGACACUACUUUUACAAAGAUUUUCGUUGGUGGUUUGCCGUACCACACCAAUGAUGCCUCUCUAAGAAAAUAUUUUGAAGCAUUCGGAGACAUCGAAGAAGCUGUUGUGAUAACGGACAGACAGACCGGUAAAUCCAGAGGAUAUGGAUUCGUGACCAUGACAGAUAGGGGGGCUGCAGAGAGGGCUUGCAAAGACCCGAACCCCAUCAUUGACGGCAGGAAAGCUAAUGUCAACCUGGCAUAUCUGGGCGCCAAACCUCGCGGUCUGCAGGCAGGCCUCUCCUUUGGAGUACAACAGAUUCACCCCACGCUGAUCCAGAGGCAGCAUGGACUCCUUCAGCAGUACCUUUAUCCGCAGGCCAUCGUACAGCCCAGCCUCAUAGUUCCCUCACAGAUGUCCUCCAUCAAUUCACCCUACAUGGACUACAGCGCCCCCUACGCUCAGUAUGCCUCAACUGCAUUUGAGCAGUACCCCUAUGCCGCUUCCCCAGGCUUUCUCAGCUAUGGCUACGUCCCGAGCCCAGCCCCCCCUGCUCCUGCUCCGGGCUCCGUCCAGCAGCCCCUGGUUUCGGCUGCCCCGCUGGCCACCGCCUUCGUUCAGUACACCCCCCAGCAGCUGCAGCUGGACCGCAUGCAAUGAAAGAUAGGCGUGGGAGGGGGAGGUCGGGGGAGCAGCACGACAGCCAUUGCACUACAACAGCAGGACCAGACCCCGUUACUGAGACGAUGGACUGCUAGCAUCAAAGGGCUUCUUGAUAAUGCACUCCAAGGUCUUUUUAACUACCUGGCAGCGUUGCCAUCAUUUAUUAGUACUACUGUCAUUGUCCUUCCUAUUGUAAUUUUAUAGUAAUUAUUGUAUUUUAACUGAUGGAGACCUCAUUCGUGUGAGCUGUCAAAAGCAGCAUUGGGGUGAGCUCUGACAUGUUAACGUCACGUAAGACCAAUUUGGGGCAUGACCAGUGAAUGGCAGAACUGGGAGGUGGAGGCGGAGCCGGAGAGGGUAGAGUGCUGCUCUGCUUAUCAAGAGGAGUUCCGCGGAUAUUGGCCUUGUUUCCACACUUCCCUUCCCGCUGGAGCGAGGGAUGGCUCAAACGUCUCCCACGCGAAGCAUGGACAGAGACCUUAGAUUCCCACUUUUUAACGAGGCCUUAAAAACGUCUGUAUCAACGUUUGUUCAACUGUGAAUAUUUUCUGGCCAUUUUUUUGUCUACACCAAUGAACUUAUCUUUUUUGAACACCAAUGUUCAGUUCUCACAUGUCAAUUUAAUGCUCACUUUCCCCGUUUCUUAGUAAAUUAAUAGUAGAUAAUCGAUAGAUUCAGUAUGCAAAUUUUAAUAGCUGGAUCGGUAGGUGAGGGCGAGGAAAAAAUUAUUGCGGUAGUUGACACUCAUACCUUGUGUUUCACGUAACUGUUCAUCUAGAGAUGAUCAUAUUUUCUUUUUAAAAGGACAUUUACACGUUAAAUCGCUGCAGCUAAAGAAAUUACAGUAUUUAUGUUUCAAUUAUUUAAAGGGUAAGUUACAGACUCUCUAGAUAGUUUGUAUUUAUUUGAAAUGUUUGUCCAGAGAAAUGUGAUCAGGCCUUGCUGGUGGAACACGGUGUUCAGUGUAUCGGCAGUUUAUCUGUCGGUUUUCGUCUUAUCACUGCAGCUUCCUGACAGUUAAACAUUUCAGUACCAUGUUAUCUGUGUACAACAAAGCCAUACAGGAUAAAUAUGAAUAAAUAAAAUGCAUUUGUAAAUAA